CCGCCCAAGUGUCAAAUGGGUAGCACUUUUCAGCUCAACACUGUCGCACUGAGCAUGCACUAAGUCAAUAAAAAUGUGUACCGUAACGAUUGAUAGAGUUACUCAAGUUCACAUAUUUUGUCCUUUCUAGAGAGCCGGAGUGAAUCCCAUUCAGUAACCAUGGAAGACAUGGAAUUGCUUCCCAUCGACCCUCCGCCCUAUCGCAACAUACUCCACACCCAGCGGGCGUUUGAUAUCCUCAACGAUUUCAGACGACAAAAUAUACUGUGCGACGUGACGCUGGAAGCAGAGGGGGUGGAGCUCCCCGCCCAUCGCGUGGUCCUGGCGGCCUGCAGCCCGUACUUCUCGGCCAUGUUCACCAGCGAGCUGUCUGAGAGCCGCGCCCAGAAGAUCAUCCUGCAGGAGAUUGACGGCAGCGCCCUGGCCCUGCUGCUGGACUACGUGUACACCUCCGAGAUACAGGUGACGGAGGAAAAUGUCCAGACACUCUUGCCAGCAGCCAGCCUGCUGCAGCUGAUCGACGUCCGCAGCGCCUGCUGCGACUUCCUCCAGAAGCAACUCCACCCAACCAACUGCCUGGGCAUCAGGGCCUUCGCCGACAUGCACUCCUGCAGCGAGCUCUACCACUACGCGCAGAACUACACCAUGCAGCACUUCAGCGCCGUUGUCCACAGCGAUGAGUUCACUGCAUUGUCUGCCGACCAAGUCAGCGACUUGAUCAGCAGCGACCACCUGACUGUGCCCACAGAAGAAGAGGUGUUUGAGGCUGUGGUGGGCUGGGUCAACAGCGAGCCAGCCAAUCGCUGCGACUACAUGCCGCGCCUGCUGGAGCACGUCCGCCUGCCCCUGCUCUCCCGGGACUACCUGGUGCAGCGGGUAGAGGAGGAGCCACUGAUCAAGUCCUCCAGCAGCUGCAAGGACUACCUGAUCGAGGCCAUGAAGUACCACCUCCUAGCCAAGGAGCAGCGAGCGCUCAUCAAGAACCCCCGCACCAAGCCCAGGACACCCAUCGGACUGCCAAAGCUUAUGCUUGUCGUCGGAGGCCAGGCCCCUAAAGCUAUCCGUAGCGUUGAGGUGUAUGACUUCAAAGAGGAGAAGUGGUCCCAGGCUGCUGAGAUGCCGUCCAGACGCUGCAGGGCAGGUAUCGCGGUACUCAACGGACUGGUCUAUGCAGUAGGUGGUUUCAACGGAUCCCUGCGCGUGAGAACGGUGGACGUGUACGACCCCAGCAGGAACAUGUGGUCCUCGGUGGCGUCCAUGGAGGCCCGGCGAAGCACGCUGGGCGUGGCCGUGCUCAACAGCCGCAUUUAUGCCGUGGGGGGGUUUGACGGCACCACGGGACUGAGUAGCGUUGAGGCCUAUGACCCUAAGCUGAACGAGUGGAGAUCAGUGGCCUGCAUGAACACGCGACGGAGCAGUGUUGGCGUAGCAGUACUCAAUGAUUAUCUGUACGCGGUCGGCGGGUACGACGGUGCGUCCAGACAUUGUUUGAGUUCAGUGGAGCGUUACGACCCUGUCAAAGACGAGUGGACACUCGUCAAGGAGAUGAACACCAGACGGAGCGGAGCAGGCGUGGGAGUGGUGGACGGCAUGCUGUAUGCCGUGGGCGGCCACGACGGCCCCAUGGUCAGAAAGAGCGUGGAGAUGUACAACCCGGACACCAACGAGUGGACAUGCGUCAACGACAUGACCCACUGCCGGAGGAACGCUGGCGUGGCGGCCGUCAACACCCUCCUGUACGUCGUGGGUGGGGACGACGGCUCGGCCAACCUGUCCUCGGUGGAGUGCUACGACUCGCGGGCCGACGCCUGGGUGGUGUUGCCCUCCUGCAUGACCACCGUCCGGAGCUACUCGGGCGUGGCUAUCAUCGACAAGCCCACAUGACAUGAGGAGGGCGCCCCCAGUGGCGAAAAGGAGAGAGGGGCCCAGGGGAACAACAUGGACACCGAAUUCCACAUCCAGUGGGGGUACUGGUAAACACGGAGGGCUGCGACCGGCUCCCAGUGAAUAUUGUAGGUCAAAGCUACCUAAGACCUCUGACUAAAUGGUAUAGGCUGCUGAAUCUUGUAGAUUUGACGCAUCACAUCAUCAUAUUUAUCAAAUAACUUUAUUUAUUGAUUGAUUUUAAGCACACAGAGAGGGAGGGUUAGUUUCCACCCAAUUCCAAGACUGGAAUCAAUUUUAUUAAAAAAAUCUGCACAUUGCGAAAACACAACGCUAGUGGCAACUACUCCAGAAUUAAAUGAAAAUUCUAAAAACCAAACUAGUAAAAAAGCUGUAAAGGCAACAACAUACUUGGAAACGUGAAAUUGAUAAAAAAAACAAGAAGACCGCAAAGGAAUGUUACGACCUUGACCAUCUGUAAUGGGCCGGCAGCAAUUUCAUUUAGAUUUUGGUCUAGCAUCAAGCCUCUUGGUAAGUAGCCAGUAGUCGACUGAAAAAAAACUGAGUACGUGUCAUUUUUAUUUGACAUAUCUACUCACCAUCUAGCAAAUAAUUUAAGACACUAUUUCAUGACUUGAUAAUUUCCAUCGUGUAGGAGGUACUGAAAAGUGUGCAUGUCCUGAUUUAUUUCAAAAAUACCCAGUGAGAAUGUCCUCGCACUAACGUCAAAGGCAGCAAAAUAGGUCCUGUCACCCUUUAGCCCAACAUGUCACUUGCGUGAAUGACAAGAUUUUACCAGUGUUGUUUUUUUUCGAGACCACUUUAGACCUUCACAAGACCACCCAAGACCGGCACAAGACCAACACAAGACCUCCAGUCUGAAUUCAAGUCACAAGCUAUUCAAAUGAACUGCAGCAAAAGCAUUCCUUUGUGAUUGUUCGCCCUGUCACUUUGACUGGUCUGGUGCAUGGUCUUGUGUGAGGUCUUGUAGUGGUCUCGACUAAAACACUGGAUUUUAUACCCAGCAAGAAAUG